UCGAGCAAUUCGUCUUUUUUUUAGUACUUAAAACGUACAUCUCCAUUUCCUCCGGCGAGCUUACUUCAACGGAGGCCUGCGGAUGAACUGCAGGCUGCAGCUUCGCCCUAAUGGCAAACAACCUUCGUUUGUACUUGACAUGCAUCCGAAACACUCUUGAAGCUGCAAUGUGCUUGCAGAAUUUUCCUUGCCAAGAAGUUGAAAGGCAUAACAAACCUGAAGUCGAGCUGAAGACUAGCACGGAGUUAUUGUUGAAUCCGGUGUUGAUCUGUCGAAACGAAGCAGAAAAAUGCUUGAUAGAGACAUCAAUCAACUCUAUCCGUGUAAGCGUGAAGGUGAAGCAAGCAGAUGAGCUGGAGAACAUACUUGCAAAAAAGUUUCUUAGAUUUUUGUCAAUGAGAGCAGAAGCAUUCCAAGUUUUAAGGAGAAAACCAGUGCAGGGCUAUGAUAUUAGCUUUCUAAUAACAAACUACCACUGCGAGGACAUGCACAAGCACAAACUUGUUGAUUUCAUUAUGCAAUUUUUGGAGGACAUUGACAAGGAGAUCAGCGAGCUGAGGCUAUCAGUGAGCACAAGAGGACGUCUAGUGGCUACAGAAUUUCUGAAGCAGUUCAUCUGACAUUUCUUUUUUAUAGUUCAUAUAUAUAUAUAUAUAUAUAUAUAUUAAUAGGGAACAUUUUCACAGGAAUUCUAAUAUCAUAUGGCGAUUUUGGCCUGUUUAAUAUCACAAAAGUAGGCAUGUAGAUUGCCAUAUAUUUCAUUUUAAAUAAAUUGGGUAGAAAUAGUAAUAUUAAAAAUUUGCAAUCUCGGGCCUUGGCCCCAUUCAUUUGUUGCUUGAAGAGAUGAGUGCUGCUUUGUAAGACAUGCCAAAUUUAUUUUGAAAUUUAUGUUUGCUACGAAAUGUGUAAUGGCUUUUGUUAGUCAAACCAUGAUGGCCCGUGGGCUGCUAAGUCCAUUAUUUAUG